AUGGACGCCUCCUCCCUCCGCAUCUUCAAGUUCGAUGGAACUAACUUCCACGCCUGGAAGUUCAAGAUGCAGAUGGUGCUGGAGGAACGGGACCUGUGGGAGUUCGUCAGCGGCGAGAUCAAGGCGGAACAGAGCGUGACUCAGUUGGACCAAGCGGCGUACAAGACGAAGUCAAGAAAGGCGAAGGCAGUGAUCUGUCUAGCCAUGGAAGAUUCCCAGCUACCGUUGGUCCGGUCGGCAAGUGGUGCAUGCGACGCAUGGUCAAGGUUGGAAGACCACUUCGAGAAAAAGAGUCUUGCCAACAAGCUGUUCUUACGCCGUCGCUUCUUCACGACAAUGAUGGAAGAAGGCAACGAUGUGCUCGAACACAUCAACAAGCUCAAGACGCUGGCGGAACAGCUAGAAGCGGUGGGGGCUCCAGUCUGCGAGGGCGAUAUGGUGAUCACACUUCUCGGCAGCCGGAGUGGCUCGUUUCAAUUUCUUGAUCACAGCUUUGGAGUUGCGCUCAGACACUCUUAG